CACGUAAUCACAGUAGAAAGGCAAUGAUCGACAAAGAUUAGAGAGAGGUUCGGACCUUCGUCCUCCUCCAUCCAUCUUUCCCUUUUUCUGGUUUUUCAGACAUGAAAUCCAAUCCAAAAAGCUUGUAUCAAACCUCAUAUGAAAUGGAACAUUUUCGAAAAUGUACGACUCCGCAGCCUCAACCUCAACCACCGUUGAAAAUAAUCCGAGACCGAAGCGAAUUCGAAUCCGGCGGAGGAAGCUCAACCAUGGUCGCCACCAACACCAAUCCCAUUCUGAUCAUGAAAUUCAUUCGGAAGGAGAGAGUGAUCACCCGUGGUCUGUUCCGAGAAGGAGAUCGCCGAUGCGAAGUGAUCCGCACGUGCGGAUCGCAAUGUACGUGGCCAUGGCGCAUGCAGGGCUGGCGCUCUCCUUGGCUUUGCUCUACUUCGUUACGAAGCUUCUAGAAGGCUACUGGAGGCCAAUUCAAUGGGCGAUUCUCUGUUCUAUGCCUCUUCGGGAGCUCCGUACGGCUCUCGUCUCUUUCUGGUCUCGUUCCCUCAGAAUCGGUCUUUUUGAGACCAUAAUCGCCGUCCCAGUCGCCGCCCUACGCGCUGCCACAGACUCCGUCGUCAAUUCCCAAGCUGCGUUCUUUGGAUUUCUUCGUCAGUCGGAGACUCGGAGUAGAGAAAAGGUUGGGUUUUUUAAGCUCGUUCAAUGGCUAAUCUCUUUUGCGUUAUUCAUAAUUGUGUAUGAGUAUAUAGGGCUGGUUUCGGUUCCAGUGUUCUGCAUAGCUUGCUUGAUUGUGUAUUUAAUGGGUUCUAGAACUAUAACGAAUGUUGGUGUAAGAACAUCGCUUUCUGCACUCACGUCUUUUCGACGGGGUGGGAGAAAACUUCUCAAGAAAAGCUCUUUCGGUAGUAAGGUAGGUGGCUACAUUACUUGCUGGAUGCUCAAUAGGUUAAAGACUAUGGUUGGGAUUGGUUUGAUCAUGUGUAUGAUUUUUGGUUCUAUGUUUGGGCUUAUUUUCUUUUCUUAUAAGAUUGCUAUGGAAGGAAAAGAUGCAGUGAUAUCUGUGAACACCCAUUUGAAAGAAAGUAAUUAUGCAGAGAGGAUUGGAGUUACACAGUGGGUGUAUGAUAAUCAUAUUCCUGAAUUGGUUGAUAAUUACACAAUGAAUUUUUACGAAGCUGUUUCACAGAACAUUAAUUCUUUGGCAGCACAUUACAAUGUGACAGAGAUUGUUGAUGGUCUUAGACAUUACUUGAAUAGUCCAUCCCCUAGUCCAAUAGUAUCAAGUGCUAGUACUGUCUCUGCUCUGUCACUUACUGAAAAGUUGAACAAAAUUAUAUCUAAGCUGCGUAAUAGUGAGUGGAAAGUGAUUUAUAGAGACGUUGACAAUGUGUUCAGGGAUUUGGUAUCUUUAAUUAGUAGGGAGGAAUUGAUGGAGAAAAUCAAAUCACUUCUCCUCCAGAGUCUUGAUAAGUCAAGGCGAUUACUCGCCAGUGGUACAACGGUGUUGGCUGGAGGUGUGAAUUUCUUGGUCUUUAUGGCAGUGUCAAUUGUCUCAGGAGCCGCAGGAUUAAUGAACUUCAUUUCAGGGUUCAUGGUGUUUUUGUGGCUACUCUAUUAUCUCAUUACUACUGAGUCUGGUGGUGUCAUGGACCAUGUUCUUGAAAUGCUGCCACUUUCUAGGUCCACUAGAGCUCGUUGUGCCCAUGUUCUUGACCAAGCUGUUAGUAGUGUCUUAUUGGCUGCUGCUAAGGUCACUUUCUUUCAAGGCUGUCUUACAUAUCUGUUGUUCAGAUUCUAUAAGAUUCAUUUCCUUUACAUGUCUACCUUUUUGGCGCUUAUGAGUGCUGUUUUCCCCAUAACUCCUGCGUUUCUCUCAUCAAUUCCGGCUGCGGUGCAAUUGGCCAUGGAAGCAAGAUAUGUGGAGGCUGUUCUUUUGACAGUAGUUCAUCAACUAAUUUUGGAAUAUGGAACAAUCGCCAUACAGGAUGAGAUCCCAGGACAGAAUGCCUAUUUGACAGGGCUGAGCAUGCUUGGUGGAAUUGCACUAUUUCCAUCAAUUUUGGAAGGAGCAAUUAUGGGUCCAUUACUGAUGACAGUGAUGAUCACAUUAAAAAAUCUGUAUGCGGAAUUCGUCCUCUCUUCUGCGGAUGAAACUGAUUUUGAUCUAAGUUAAAGUAAAAACUGGACCUACGUCGGAAGGUUCCCAAAACUACUUUGCAUCAGAUGGUACGUCUUCAUGUUAUAUUGAUUGGGAAAAGUCACAUGUUUAUGAUGAUCCUAACUGAUAAUAUUUAGCGACAAACUAUCUGUUUAUCAUAAUAAUUAGCUGGAGAGGAAGAUGAUUGUAGGACCUUUUAUAUCACUUUGUUCAUUUUUGUUAUUUAUGAUAACAUAGGAAAGAUAGAGCAUUCAGCGAUACCAAUGGGAAUUUUUUGUUAUUAUUCCUAUUCCUUAAUUUUGUGUUUGGUACAAUAAUGAACUGAAUUUUCAGGCACAUCUUCUCGAAACCCAAACUUUAAGACCAUGUUUCAUGUUAAGAGUGACAGUAAUAUUUGGAGAGACAGGAUGCCCUUCCACCACUUGAAGUCUGAAAUUGCUAAGGAUGGUGGUUGCAAGUACUUUCAUUUGGAGCAAAGCCAUGUCUUUACCCAAACAUGACCUAGGUCCAGCAUUAAACACAGUGUAUUUGUGAGAUGGUACAUACACAAAUCCACCUUGCUCUGAAAUCCAUCUCUCGGGCUUGAACUCUAGACAGUCCGGACCCCAUAUUUUUUCCAUCCUUCCCAUAGCAUAAUACGACAGAAAAAUUCUUGUCUUUCGUUCUGCCCGGUGACCACUAGGUAGAAUGUCUGGUUCAGCAACAGUUUUGUGAUUCAAGGGCACCGAGGGGUAUAGUCUCAGUGUCUCAUACAAUACUGCCUGUAAAUAAACCAACUUACUUAGCUCCUCUGCAUCAAAAAACUGAUACUUGUUAUGGUUAUUAUCCUCAUUAACGGUAGGAAGAUUUUCCUUCAUUUCUUCUAGAAUUUUGGCUUCUAUAGUUGGGUGAGUAGCUACAAGAUAGAAAAACCAACUAAGACCCGCUGUUAAGGUAUCCCUUGCCGCUGCUACAAAAUUCAAAGCCACAUCCUUUAAAAAUUGGUCGGAGUAGGGUGUUUCUUUUUCUUCCAUAUAAAGUGUCAUCAAGUCAUUAGAGUUGGCAACUUGUUCUUUAUUUUGGCUUUUACAACUUUGAUAUAACUCCUUCCGUUUUAUUUGGAUGCAUUGAUACAUGAAUUCAUCGAAGACUCUUCUUGCUUUUGUUAGCUUUCUCUCAUGCCCAACUUGAAGCCACCUCUCCAAUUUCCACCAAACUUCUGGUAGAAAGUGUCGACGAAGUGUAGCCUCUUGAAUGUCGUCGAUUGCCUUUCUGUAUUCCAAUUUGGAGAAUGUAAAGGAAUAAUUAUCCGGAUCAAGGCCGAAAAUCAGCAAGAUUGCACUUUCAAAGGUGACCAUGGAUUGGAAUGCUUCUUGUAAGUCAAUCUAUUGAUUGAAAUAAAUAAGUAAAUCGUAAAUAAAGAGAAAUAUAUAUAUAUAUUUAUAUAUUUGUAAUGCAAGCUAAACAUUGUUGUGUAUAUAACUAAAAUUGUUAUGUAAAUAAAUGACAACCUGAGUUCUUGUGUUGGA